AUACACAGGGGUGGACUGACAACUCAUGGGGCCCCCCAGGCAAUAGGGGAUCAUGGGGCCCCUGUGUCCUUGCCCAAACUCAAAAAAGCCUAUGAAAAAGGUACCAGGGGCAUCUCAUGGGGCCCCCUACUGACCCUGGGCCCUCGGGCAGUGCCCGAGUUUCCAAAUGGUCAGUCCGCCCCUGAUAGUUGGUAAGGUUGAAGGUUGUGUGUGUUUGUCACUACCACCAGCAUAUUCCUGUACAUUGUGCUUGCUAGGAAACAUAUGUAACAGUUUUUUUAAAGUACAAGUAUAGCUUUUUUUUUUUUUUAAAUGAAAUGAAAAAAUCUUA